CAUAACAAAUCGCAACAGGUCCGUGCGAUUUAGUGCUGCUGCGGAACGGUCUUCAAGAUCGUUGGAUGGAGGGACGAUCGGGCGGCUCAACGCUUGCCAGCGGAGCGAUCCGCGUCGAGGAUUCCAGAUCGCUUGCCAGCGGAGCAAUCCACGCCUAGGGAAGCGCAAAUCGCAUUGGAAGGGAGCGAUCCGCGCGUGGGCAAAAUUAUCCGAUCGCCCCUGGAGGGUGCGAUCUGAUGGGUAUAAAUACCCCCCCCCCCCUUCCCCUCUCAUUUCUUCACACCGCAACCCAUUCUUCCUUCUCUCUCUACAAUUUAUCUCUCUAAACCCUCGCCCUCCCAAAAGCCUAGGAAAUAGUGGUCUGUUGGUUGCGGCUAAGUCCGAUCUGCCAUCAGAAAACAUUUCUUAGGUUUUUUCCUCAAAACCCGCUGAGCCGAGCCGAAGCUCUGUCCGAAUUGCGCCGAAAAAAUGGCCGAUUGGUGGCAAGGAGAAGGAGUUUAUGUUGAUGAAUUUCAAGCGGUACGUACUCAUUAUUCUGGUUUAAUUUUUGUUGUUGUUAUAAGCUUUUUAAUUAAUCUAUGUACUAACCUCGUUGUUAUUUUCUCGUAGGUUGGGGAGGACGUGGAUAUAUACAACUAACGGUAUUAUCUCGAGCAAGCACCGUUGGAUCCAACCGACUUGUACGACCAACCCAACCAUCGGUCAAGGGAUGUUUGGAACGCUCACCCGGUACAUACAAUUCUUUACCAUUUGUCCUUCUUUUAUUUUGUUAAUGUAUUUAGUGGAAUAUAAAAUAAAUUUAUGUUGCAUUUUUAAUCGUGUUGGUUGUUUUCAAUAAUUUAAUCGAAUACAUAGCGCCACUUACUUCGACUCUUUAUAAAGAGAUGCACGUCUAAGGAAAUGGGGUUUUAAGCGAUUAUCAUAUCCUCCCAUUCCCUGGGAAAAUCGGAUAUUAAGAGAUCCUCGGAUCCCCCCUUUUUCUGUCAAAAAGACUGCGUUUCUAAGAAGAUGUAUACCUCUUCUAAGAGUCUAACGAGUGUUGCUUUGUAUUCGAUUAAAUUAUUUAAAACAACUAACACGAUUAAAUAAUUUACCAAACAACCCUUACGAUUUAUUUUGAUGUGUACAAAAGGAAUUUUAUUAAUUUCAAACAUUUGAAUAUGUAUGUUUCUCUUUAAAUUAUGAUUCAUUAACAAUGUCAUUUAAUUUAGUUAAUUUAGUAUGUUUAUUUUACGAUAAUAUGUAUGUAUCUCUUUAAAUUAUUAUUCAUUUAGAAUGUUAUUAUGUUAAUUAAUUUAGAAUGUUUGUUUUAUGAUAAUAUGUAUGUAUCUCUUUAAAUUAUUAUUAAUUUAGAAUGCUAUUAUGUUAAUUAUAUGAAAUGUCUUUUUAUGAUAAUAAAAUUCUGCUUGAAGUUAAAUAAUUUAAUUUAAUUAAUUUAGUUAUAAGGAAUAAACUCUUACUAAUAUAUAAUAAUUAACGUGUAAAUUUUCCCUAGGAGGCACACACAAUAAUCCGCUACAGGGGUACGACCAAUGUCCUCCCAUUCCACCCAGCUAUCUUGCCCUUUCUCAAAAGGGCACGGUUGGACCCGAUUAGGCAUUUUAACGGCAUCAAAGUUGAUCGCCAACUCAUCACCGCCCUAGUUGAGAGAUGGAGAAAGGAGACCCAUUGUUUCAACUUUAGAUAUCCGCCCAUGCCCGCACCCCCGCCACCUCCGGUACAAGUUGAUGUCCCCGAUCCCCCACCACCAUACGAGAGGAAGCCAAGCAAGAGGGUCCGAGAAAGGCCCAACGUGCCCGAAGUCACGCCAUAUCCCGAGUGGAAACUGCCGCCCCCAUUGGUUGCUCCCCAAGGUGUCGGCCCGAGAUCCCCCCAAGGUGGCGACCCGAGUUCUCCCCAAGGUGGCGGCCCGAGUUCUCCUCAAGGUGCCGGCCCGAGUUCCACCCAAACUCCCCACCAAGGCUCGUACUACGAUCCCCGCUCGACCUACCAUCAAACCCCUCCGAGUCCCACCCCGAUCUCAUACAACGAUCCCCGCCAUGGAGCAUACUACGAUUACCGCCCGAUCUACCCCCCAUCUCCCCACCAAGGAGGUUACUACGAUUACCGCCCGGUCUACCCCCCAUCUCCCGCCAUACAUCAUCGGGUACUUGGCAUGAUGGUUCCUCCACGACGGCCCACCACGAUUUUACGCCAUGGACUCGCCAUCAUCAGCAGUGGCCUCCUACUCCUCACUGUACUUCCGUGGAUGUCCCCCGCUCGACCCCGGAAGUGCCGAUUCCCCGCCGACACAGCACCGACGAGCGUCAAACUACCUCGGCCCGAGUUUGAAACUUGCCACCGCAACCACCUGUUGUUACUCCCGUCGGUCGUCGUACAAGGAGCAAGAAAACCGUGGGUUCCGGUGAAGCUCGUGGACUUCCUUGAGUUAUAUUUGAGAGUUGAAUUUAAUUUCUAUGUAAUUUGAACUAUUCCUAUUAUCUUAGUUUAUCGAAUUGAUUGUUGUUUCAAUUUGGUUUUAUUUCUAUCCCCUUGGAACUAUGCCUUUUAUCUUUAUAUAAUCCCAAUUAGUUCAAUCAACAAUACAGUGGAGAGAAGAGAUUGGAUUGAAAAUUCUGGGUUCUAACCCAAAUUCGAGCCAAUGAACGAUAAAAGCAACAAUACACAAUAAACAUUUCGUUCAAUCAACAAUACACAAUUACUUGCAAAGUAAGAGUCUCAACUAGCUUGAAAAAAAAUGAUAAAAGCAAACUAUGUCG